AUGGAAGAUCACUCUAAAGCAAUCCCCACUUUGCCUCAUAAGGGUGUUCUACCUACUGCAGUAUCUACCGCUGCUGGUGGGGACACAUUCACGCUUGUUGUCCACGUGAUAGUGUUUCUAAUCGGCGUACCAGGCAACUGCCUGAUUCUCCGAGUCUACUGGACUAAGGCUCACAAGACCAGCACCCAUGUCUUCAUCAUGGCCUUAGCCUGGGCUGACCUGGCCGUCUGCAUGCAAAGAUGGCACCGCGUUUCAGAAGAAGCUAUUCUUUUGGCAGGGGGACAUGAGACACCACGCGUUAUAUUAAUCGCCUGGGCAUUUACGAAUUCGUUUAUUGGAGUUUCCGUUCUGAUGACCGCGGUCAUUGCAGCCGACCGCUACGACUGCGUGUGCCGAGCACGCAAUCGAUUUUUCACCAAGAAACGGGCACAGGUAACAGUCAUAAUAACAUUUGUGUUUUCGUUUGUCAUCAACAUCCCAGCCUUUUAUUUAGCGUUGUCCACCGACCCUUCAAAUGCAGUCGUGAGAAUGUUGGUGUUCGCGUUCCAAAUUGUGCUUUUCGUGACCGCACUGGUGAUGAUCGCCGUAUGCUAUCAACUAGUUUACAUGGCCAUCCGGAAGCACGUCAAAGUUGGUGUUCACUCUAAAGCUGGGCUGAGCGUCGGGGGUCAUGAUGGUGAGAGGUGUUGCAGUGACGUUUCAGGCACGGCCCGUUCCGGCGUGUCAUGGUCCGUUGAGAUGGACGUCAAAACCUCACCACUGAAAAUGAAGGGACUGUCUACCAUAAAGGGAACGGAUGCUUGCUCGUCAUCUCGGGCAAUUCCAGGUACAUCAUCGGAUAGAAAGGCGAAAGGAGAACAAACUCGAAAGGUCAAAGCGGUUAACCUUCAGCGUAAGACAACGAGGAUGUUGUUCAUAACCAGUGCAGUGUUCGUACUAACCUGGCUGCCGUAUUGGACAUACAUCGCUGUAGAGUAUGCCUUCCUUGGCGGAGCACCAAUUCACCCGACUUUUCGACGCAUGCUGAAGUCCUUUUCAUUUGCCUGUUUGUUCAUCAACAACGUUGUGAACCCGUUAAUCUACGGAAUCGCAAACAGACGUUUUAGACAAGACUGCAAGGAGGUACUUAAGAAACUCCGGUUGUGUUAA